AUGGAUCCAGCUGUGUCGAGCAACUCAGGUUCUGAGAGCACGAUGCAACAACCAGAAACCCCUGAGACUCGGUCUGAAAAUGCGGAAAUUCAAUCACAAGAUGAUGGGGGGGACUACACGCCACGCAGAAACAUGGUCCCCAUCAUGAUUGCACUCAGCGUCGCGUCGUUCCUUGCUAUUCUUGACAUCUCCUUCGUCACAACCGCCUUGCCGACAAUUACUGGGCACUUCAAGGCUUCUCAAAUCAGCUACUCAUGGGUUGGUUCGUCUUAUCUCCUAACCCAGUCCGCUUUGGCUCCGUUUUGGGGCAAGAUAAGCGACAUUUUUGGACCAAAUAGCAUUGCCAUGCUUAUUGCUGGGCGUGCUAUUCAAGGUGCUGGAGCCGGCGGCGUGCUGCUCAUCGUGAUGAUUCUAAUAGGAGAUCUCGUCAGUCCAAGAGAACGCGGACUAUAUUUUGGCAUUCUCGGUGUGGUAUAUGCCAUCGCAAUAUCUUCCGGUCCUCUCAUAGGAGGAGCACUUGCGGAAAAUGUCGGCUGGAGAUGGUGCUUCUACAUCAAUCUACCGUUCCAGGGAAUCUCUUUUGCCCUCUUGGUCUUUUUCCUCCACGUUCACAAUCCCCGUACCGAAAUUAUCAAAGGCUUAAUGGCUGUUGAUUGGCUGGGAUCGAUUGCUAUUACAGGUUCGGUCCUUAUGCUUCUCCUGGGCCUCCAGUAUGGCGGUGAGGUAUAUCCUUGGGGCUCUGCCAUUGUCAUAUGUUUGAUAGUUUUCGGCGUGGUGGUUUGUGGUAUCUUUGUUACCAUCGAGUGGAAGCUGGCCCGUUAUCCGGUGAUCCCUCUACGACUGUUCAGGACUCUCCCUAUUAUCGCCCUUUUCGUGGUGGAUCUCACGCACGGAUUCAUUUUGUACGGCACGGCCUACUUUGUCCCAUUCUACUUCCAGGUGGUUAUUGGAGCAACACCGAUUAACUCGGCGGUCUGGUCCCUUCCUCUCGCCCUUCCCCUGUCUCUCUUCACCAUCGGGACAGGUCUUUAUAUGCGGAAGACGGGAAAGUACUUAUACAUGAUCAUUGCAGGCAUGGCUCUCUCCACUCUGGGCACCGGUCUGUUGAUCGAUUUCGGUGCAGAAACCAAUUGGCCAAAGUUCAUCAUCUAUCAACUGAUUAUCGCUGUCGGCCUGGGUCCCAACUUUCAGGCACCGACCAUUGCCCUGCAAGCAAGAUUUCCGCCCGCCGACGCGGGCGUCGCCGUCUCCGCGGCCAGUGCAAUCCGCGCACUCAGCGCCGCCUUCAGCAUCGUCCUGGGCGGCGUCAUCAUUGAAAAUCGACUCUCGGCACAAAACGGUCGUCUCAUUGUUGCUGGAGUCAGCCAUACGAUGGCGGAAGCAAUUGCACGGAAUGGCGCAGCUGGAUCUGUGGAACUCGUUGCACAGCUCACUCCGGCCCAGCAGGACAUUUUCAGGUUGCUUGUAAAGGACAGUCUUGCCGAUAUGUGGAUAUUCUUCGUCGUUCUUUCCGGAAUUGGACUCAUUGCAUCUUUCCUCGUUGGAAGCGAGGAACUUUCCGAUGAGCAUGUUGAACACAAGACGGGUUUGGGAGUGGAAGAGGCAAAUCGAUUGGUGCAUGAAAAGCCGCGGGUGAGUGGCUGA